CAAAAUUUAAGUGAAAGACAAUCAGAGAACAAUGUGGUCUGCUGCUAAAAAUUAUAAAGAAAUUUAAAAGAAAAACAGAGAGAAAGAAAAUGCGAAAAAGAGGAGACCUUUGUGGCUUUGUCUAAUUGUCUCCACUGAAAAAAAAAAACGCGAUAAACAAAAAAAAGCGGGGAAAUUCAAUUCACCGACUGAAUCGAAACGCCGGUAAAACUCCGAUGCAAUCCACUCACGGCGGCGGAAGCGGCGGUGGCGCUGAAGGAGGAGGAGGAGAGGUGAGUCGAAGUGGGUUAUCUCGGAUCCGUUCAGCUCCGGCGACUUGGAUUGAAACCCUACUCGAGGAUGAUGAAGAAGACGGCUUAAAACCUAACCUCUGUUUGACUGAGCUUCUCACCGGAAAUUCGGCCGGGAUGACGAGUCGUGACUCGUUCGAGUUCCCGAGUUCCGUUGAGCAGGGAUUGUACAAUCACCAAGGUGGGUUUCACCGUCAGAAUAGCUCUCCGGCAGAUUUUCUCAGUGGCUCUGGAGCUGGGACUGAUGGGUUCUUCUCGAAUUUUGGGAUCCCGGCGAAUUACGACUACUUGUCGCCCAACGUUGACAUUUCUCCGGCGAGUAAACGGGCGAGAGAAAUUGAAGCUCAGUUCUCUUCUCAGAUGAAAGAAGAGCAAAUGAGUGGUGGUGUAUCAGGAAUGAUGGAUAUGAACAUGGAUAAGCUUCUUGAGGACUCGGUUCCUUGUAGGGUUCGCGCUAAACGCGGUUGUGCAACUCAUCCUCGUAGCAUUGCCGAGCGGGUGAGGAGAACGCGUAUAAGUGAUCGGAUCAGGAGGCUGCAAGAACUUGUUCCUAACAUGGAUAAGCAAACCAACACUGCAGAUAUGUUAGAAGAAGCUGUGGAGUAUGUCAAGGCUCUUCAAAGCCAGAUCCAGGAGUUGACAGAGCAGCAGAAGAGGUGCAUAUGCAAACCUAAGGAAGAACAAUAAGGUUUCCUUUAGGAUUGAUAUAUAUAUAUAUAUAUAUGUGUAUUUUUUUUGUUUAAUCUACAAAUGGUGAUGAUCUGUUCGAAAAAUUCGAAACAUGAUCCUAUAUUGAACUAGAAGAGAUAGAUUAUUUGAUGUAUGAAUUUUUAGCUGUAAAAUUUUUGUACAAUAAGGAGAAAAGCUUUAAAAGAAUCAAUAAAAAGAAGGUGUAUGUUCUUUAUGGAAGUGGGGAAGAUAAAAGUCUGUACUGUU